AGCAACACAUGAGUUGCAAGACACCCAAGCAAAUCAUUUCAUCGUCUUCUUUGAUCAKCUUCUUCGCUACUAGCURCAGCCGGAAAUAAUCUGGUGAUUGGGGAACAAAAAUGAGGAAAAUGGCUGGCGCAACAAUAAAGGGAGCUUCCCGUUUYCUCCGAGGAUAUCGACCAGCGGCUUCCCUUGCGAAUUCUUCCUCUCUUUGUGCCCUACAGAACAUUUCGGGCUACCARAUUUCGAUGGCACCGUUUUGGUCGCCGUCAUGCUCGGURUCCACCCAAAGAUUCGCGUCUUCCGAGAGCGCAUCACCGCCGACUCGGCAGCGGCAACCAGCACCCCAAACCAAACCGCGGCAACGAAAGCGCCUCGACGUGGCCAUUGUUGGUCCACCUAAUGCCGGAAAGUCCCAGCUCGUAAACGUCCUCACCCAGUCGCCAAUUGCGGCGGUCUCGCGAAAACGGCACACGACCCGGUCCGACCUCUUGGGUGCCCGGACGAUCGGUGACACCCAGAUCGUCUUCAAGGACACGCCCGGCUUUUUGAGAAUAGAAAACGCAAAGGAAGAGCGACUGGACCGGGAUCUGAUUGCGACGGCAGCUUCUGAGAUGCAAGAUGUAGACUUCACGCUCUUGGUAUUGGACUCGGCUAGGAAAUUAUCCGAAAACUACCGGCACGCUCUGGUACAACUCAUGAUAGGCGCUAUAAAUUCCAAUGGCAGAAUCGAAGAUUCCGAUGACCUGGACGACGAAGARGACUCUGAUCGAACACCGAAGACCGCUCGCAACAGCAAGGACAAUGGAAGCAACAGUAAUAGCAAURUAAAUAGCAACAGGUACAACAAGGGGAAGUUUGCUAUCGUUUUGAACAAGGUGGAUCUGGUGAAACCUAAAAAGGAUCUGAUCUCUCUGGCAAUGGAUAUUGGUUCGAUGGCCGACGUCUGCCUAGAAGACCAAUUCAAAAAAAACGGCAAGCCAUUCGAUUUUGAAGCCCAACUAGAGCACUCGCCGAUUGUCUUCUACGUCUCGGCACUAAAGGAAGACGGAACCGACGACAUCAUGGAACACUUGCUGGAUCUUGCAACCCCCAGCCAAGAAUGGCCGGUGGAACCGGGAAGGGCUACCAACAUGACGGUCMAAGAGCAGGUCCAGGAAGUAAUUCGCGAAAAGAUAUAUCGAUCCACGCACCGGGAGGUCCCGCAUGCCGUGCAGCAGGUCAACAGAAUUUUUCGAAGAAUACCCAACAAAGGUGUGGUCAUUCACCAAGACCUAGUCGUCUUUACCAAGAGCCACCACAAGCUUGUGAUGGGAAGCGGUGGCGGACGCACCCUAAAACGAAUCCAAGAGAGCGCUCAAAAAGACUUGCAAAAUAUGUUUGGGUGCGAUGUCGCGUUGCAGCUCCACGUAAAAUUUAGCAAGUCCAAGCAACGGAGAGCACAGAGUGGCGCCGAAUACAAUCUAGGAGAGGUGAGCCAGUCCGUCCUCUGACGGGCAGGACAUACGUCCGCAGGACUMACACCGYARAUCGAUAUGUGAUACAAGUAAWCAU